GGCCCGGGCGGCUUCUGGGGCUGGGGGAGGCCUAAAGUGGGAGGCUGGGAUCAGAAGCCUAAAGUGCAGACCUCGGCCCUCCCGCAGGAGGAAGCGCUGCGGCCGGCGGGGAGGCCACGUGCUGCAGGGGCACCGUACAUGAACUGUGGAAGGCUUAGGCUCAAAAGCAGCCCCAACCCUGGCCUAGACAUGGGAGGUCCUGGCCUUAAAUGUGACCCUGGGCUAGUAGUUUUAACUCCAAUUACUCAGCCUUUACCGCUUUUCUGCCUUGGAACCAAGACACCGUAUUGAUUCGAAGAAGCAAAUGAAAUGUAUGCUAAAUUUCAACUGAUACAUUUUGAGUAGAUAUCCUAGCUGCUUAUGAUCAAAAGAUUAAGGAAUCAUGAGUAAAAUACCUCAAAUCCACAUUUUCUUUGGAGCACCAGUUAUUCCAUCAAAUACGGAUGUAUCAUUAGAACAUACAUGUUCAGCAACCAAUGCGGAUCCAUGGAAAAUAGCUCAGCUUUUCUAUGAUCACCAAUCCUUAAAUGUUAGUGCUUUUAAAGAAUGCCAGUAUGGUCAUCUUGAAGACCACCAUACCAGACUUCCAGUUCCCCUCAAAGAACAUGUCAUGAUGAAUGCCAUGAAGACUAGAUCUCAGCAUGGUGAAGACUAUUUAACAUGUGUUCCUGAAACACAGUAUAUGCAGUCCCAGAAUAAUGAGCAAAUAUUUGGAUUUGAAAGCAGAGUUCAACAGUAUUUAAAUGACAGAAAAUGUCAUUAUUCUGGGAAUGAAAAUAGUAAAAUCACAGACCAGCAAGAGAAAUUUCAGUCAAAUUCCUGUUUCCGAAAUCUCUCAAGAAAAAAUUCCCAACCAAUAAAUCAGGAUUAUUCCAAUAUCUGGGAUUUGGUGUGCAGUACUAAGCAUAUUAAUAUAGAGCCAAAAGCUACAGAAAUUGAUCCUAUGCCAUCAGAAAGUCAAGAGAUGGAAAACCAUGACAUAGGAUUUUUUUCCCCCCAAGCAACAGAUGAACCAAAGUCUGAAGGAAUAACAAAGAUCUCAAGCUCCAGUACAUCAACAGACAUUGAAUUUCUUAGUAUUAUGACAUCAAGUAAGAUAGCUUUUCUCACCCAAAGUCUGGAUAAAGAACAGAGUUUUCUAAAUAAAGGAACUACAGGCAUGAAACCAAAGGAAAGUUGUAGGGAAAUGAGGCUAGGAGAUUCCAAUAAUUUUGUGGAUGGACCAAAUCAAGCAAACUCCUUGGAACUCUUUAGCCCUGAUUGUCUUGAGACAAUAAGCAAUCUUACUCUCUUAAACUAUGACAAAGGAUUUGAAGAAAAUAAAAGAUCUCAAGAACUUCUCAAAACUCUUAAUGAACAGCCUACAGAUAAUUUUUAUGUUGAGUCAUUUAACACAAGAAAAAGUUGUUUCCAACAAAAUACUUUCCAUAAAUUCUCUACUAAAAGAAAUUGGACCUCCGAAGAGAAUUCAGGUCCUCUUAACACUAUAUCAGAAUCCCUCCAGGGAACCAAGAGAGUUAAGUCAGUUUGUUCUUCAGAACAAAUCUCUUCAGAAACUCCUCCUGAAAAAAAUGUAUCUAGAUUUGGCAAGUUCUUAAAGAAAACAUCUCUGCUUAAAAACUGUGCUUGCAAAAACCAGAGAUAUAAUUGUUUGGUGAUGGCCUUACAUCCAUGUCAUGUCAAGGAAAUACAUAUAAAAGCAGGACCAAAUUCUGGCUGUAAAGUUCCUUUGGCAACUAUUACAGUGACUGACCAAUCAGACAUUAAAAAGAAGGUUGUGCUGUGGCGGGAUGUUGCCUUUGGUAUGCUAACAGUAUUUCCUGGAGACAUAAUUUUACUAACAGAUGUCACAUUACAUGAUGACCAGUGGUAUAGGGAAACAGUACUUCAAUCUACAUUUAUGAGUCAGUUAUUGAAUUUGGGGAGUUGCUCAUCUGUCCAGUCUAAAGAAUAUUCCAGUAUACUCAGUGUUACAGUUCUAGAAGAUUUAUUAGUGUAUAUCUCUUCAAAGCAUUCCUAUAUUGUAGAUCUCCCUUUCAGACAUCCUCAGAAAUUGGAAAGAAUACAAUAUGUAGAAUUGGACCAGCUUCAGCCAAACACAUUAGUCCAUUCAGUACUAAAACUUGUCAAAAUCACAGUGCUAACAGAGGCAGUUUAUGGUUACAGAGGACAGAAGCAAAGAAAAAUUAUUCUAACAGUGGAACAGUUCCAAGAUCAACAUUUUAUACUUGUAUUAUGGGGUCCUGGAGUAGCCUGGUACUCAGAGCUUCAAAGAAAAAGGGAUCAUCUUUGGGAGUUUAAGUAUCUCCUGACUCAACAUAAUUCCACAUUAGGAAACCUAGAAUUGCAUACAACUCCUUGGUCCUCCUGUGAGUGCCUCUUUGAGGAUGAUAUGAGAGCAAUUGAAUUUAAAGCAAAAUUCCAAAAAAGGAAGAGUCACUUUGUGAAGAUCUCACAUUUAUCUGACCUUCUGAAAAAGAAGCACUUGGGAGUGGUUCAAGUAACAGCCCAGAUCUUAGUGUUAGUAUUUCCUGAUGCUCCCCAUGAGAGCCAGAAGCUUGUCAUAGAUGCCAACACUUCUCUGGAGGAUAUUCUGACAUGUCUACCCACCAUUACAUAUUCAGGCUGUGGAAAAUGUGGACUGGAAUUAGAAAUAGAUGAGAACAAGAUCUACAAGCAGUGUGUCAGCUGCUUGCCAUUCACUAUGGUGAAGCUGCAUUACAGGCCAGCUCUGAUGACUGUGUCUGAUGGCAGGAAUGAGAUUCAAGUUCAUGUGGGAUCCGAGAUGAUACAGAAGAUUCUUCUCAAUAUUCCGCCUGAUUGGUUAAGCAGAGUUGUAGUCCCGUCCUCAGGCAUCACAUAUGGGAUGGUUGCAGCAGAUCUAUGCCACUCGUUGCUAGCGAGUAGAGAAAGAGCCUACACACUGAAAAUUGAGAGCCUUUUUAAUCUAGAUGAAAACAGUUACCCUUUGCAGCAGGACUUCUAUCUGCUAGAUUUUCAUACUGACUUUGAAGCAUGACUCUCUGUAAUCACGUAAGUGAUCAGAAGAACACAUCACUGGUAAUUGAAGUAGAAACACAGCUAAAUAAUUUGUCUUUUGAAAUAAAGUAACAAGAUUUAACCUAGGGUAUACACCCCCUCCCUAAAAAGUAACAAAAAGAACUGCAUGUUUGCAGGUUCCAGAAAUAUUAUGCUUUUUUAAAAUAAAACUUUAUAAUCUGAAAAAAUAAAUUAUUUUUACAUCA